AUGAUUUUAUGGUUCAUGUUUGUGAAAAGUUGGACGGUUUUAAGGAGUUGCAUAGCAUUGUCUGUCAUGAAAAUGUGGUUUGGCAAGAAACUGUACUUAAUAGUUCUGUGGUGUUUUUCCUUCAUAAUUCUUAGUUCCCAAACACGGAGUCAUUACAGUUUUGUUGUGAGUCGUCACAUCCUAUCAUUUCCUAAUACUGUAGCAGUGAGAGAGGCCCAGUACACAAGAUUGUGUUCCACAAAAAGCAUAUUGACUGUGAAUGGAGAUUUUCCAGGACCAACAAUCAGAGUCCACAGAGGAGAAACAAUCUUUGUUAACGUUUAUAACAAGGGAAACUACAAUAUCACUUUACACUGGCAUGGAGUGAAGCAACCAAGGAAUCCAUGGACAGAUGGUCCUGCAUACAUCACUCAGUGCCCCAUCCAACCUGGAAGAAAAUUCAGACAAAAGUUGGUUUUUUCAUUCGAGGAAGGGACCGUAUGGUGGCAUGCUCACAGUGACUGGGGAAGAGCCACUGUCCAUGGGGCUAUCUUUGUUUAUCCAACCAAGAGUACUCCCUACCCUUUUCCCCAACCUCAUGCAGAUAUUCCCAUUAUAUUUGGAGAAUGGUGGAAGAGUGAUGUCAACGAGGUCUUCACUCAAUCUAUUGAAACCGGAGGAGCCCCAAACAUAUCUGAUGCUCUUACCGUAAAUGGUCAACCCGGGGAUUUCUUCCCUUGCUCAAUGACAGAAACUUUCAAAAUAAAUGUAGAGCAAGGCAGGACUUAUCAUCUCCGUGUUGUUAACGCGGCAAUGAAUCUCAUUCUCUUCUUUUCUGUUUCCCAACACAACCUCACUGUUGUCGGUGCUGAUGGUUUAUUCACCAAGCCAUUGACAAGGGAUUACAUUUGCAUAUCACCUGGACAAACUAUGGAUGUAUUAUUGCAUGCCAACCAAGAACCUAAUCAUUAUUAUCUGGCCGCAAGGGCAUAUUCUAGUGGGGUUGGUGUUGCCUUUGAUAACACCACGACCACUGCUAGAGUGGAAUACAGUGGCAAUUACACUCCACCUUCGUCUCUUUCAUCACCUUACCUUCCCAACUCUAAUGACACAAUUUCAGCUUUUGACUUCAUUACAAGCUUGAGAGGUUUACCUGGGAGAUACCCCCGCCGGGUCCCAACAAACAUCACAACUCAAAUAGUGACCACUAUAUCUGUUAACACUUUUCCAUGCCCUAAUGGCAGAACCUGCCAGGGACCAAAUGGAACCAUUUUCGCUGCUAGCAUGAACAACAUAAGUUUUGACACCCCCAACAUUGACAUAUUAAAAGCCUAUUACUACCAUAUCAACGGGGUAUACAAAACGGGAUUUCCCAGAUUUCCACCUUUUAUAUUUAACUUCACUGCAGACUUUUUGCCUCUAGUGUUGAAUAUACCAAAGCAAGGGACUAGGGUUAAUGUGCUGAAUUAUGGUGCAACGGUUGAAGUUAUAUUCCAAGGGACAAACGUUGUUGCAGGGAUUGACCAUCCUAUGCAUCUCCAUGGGUUCAAUUUCCAUGUGGUUGGAUAUGGGUUAGGCAAUUUCAACCAAAGCAAGGACCCCCUUAAUUUCAAUCUCAUCGAUCCUCCUUAUUUGAAUACAGUGAUUGUACCUGUAAAUGGAUGGGCUGCUGUUAGGUUUGUCGCUACCAACCCCGGAGUAUGGUUCAUGCACUGCCAUCUAGAACGCCACCAAGCUUGGGGCAUGGAGACAGUGUUUAUUGUGAAGAAUGGAAAGGCUUCAAAUGAAACAUUACCACCACCACCGCCAGACAUGCCCCCAUGUUGA